AUGGCUGAAAAUUUAAUUCAUAUCAAUAACUGGUUUUCAAAAUAUGAAAUAGAUCGUGCAGAACAACUACAUUAUUCUGUAUUCGACACACUUAAAUCUACACCAACGACUACUACUUCAUACGACUUAGACAACGAAAAAAUUAAAAAAACAAACACAUCUAUAAUUGUACCAUUAAAUCUCGUAGUACGAUCUACAAUUAACUUCGAUAUUAAACCUUGGGAUGAGGACACUGAUAUCGAUGCGAUGGAACAAGCAGUAAGAUCAAUUAAAUUUGAUGGUUUAGUUUGGGGACAAUCUAAGCGUGUUCCAUAUGCUUUUGGUAUUGUAAAACUACAAAUGACUUGUGUAAUCGAAGAUGAUAAAAUUGCAACUGAUCUUAUUGAAGACAAGAUUUAUGAACUUGAUCAAUAUGUUCAAUCCGUUGAUAUUCCUUGUAUUCAUCGCAUUUGA